AUUAAAUCAAUCAAUUAUUUUCACAAAUUAAUUAACUUUAUAUAGAAUAGCUAUUACAAUAAAAAAAUUAAAGCAAUGAGUGAUUACGAUUAUGAUUGUGAUUAAACAUACUAGUAUGAUGAUGAUGACGAUGAUGAUGAAUAUGAAUAUGAUGAAGAAGAAGAGUAAAAAGAUAUGGAUUUUUUUGCAGAUAUAUCAAAAGAAUAGGAUUAAUAGCUUCUGGCCUGCAAAAAUAAAAUUUUUUAAUGUUAGCAAAUGGAUACGUUUGUUAAAUAAGUUAUUGAUGAUAUAGCAAGUAUCGCUGAAUAAAAUGAUAUUUCUAAAGGGCGUGCAUUUAUGCUAUUAAGCUUUAACUCCUAUAAUUCUAAAAAAUGUGCUGACAUUCCUGAUGAAAUUAUGUACGAUAUUUAUUAUAGCGAAUCUAAAGAGCUAAUAGCAGCUAAAAACUCCAAAGAAUGUUUAUUAUGCUUUGAUGAGUUAACCAAUGCAAAUAGAUAUGCUUUAUAUUGUAAUCACUACUUUUGUACAAGUUGCUUCUAGUAAUAUGUUAAAACUUGCUUUAAAGAGGGGAUUGAAAUAUUAUUUAAGAAAUGUCCAAUGGACGGCUGCAAAGAAAGACUAGGAUUUGAUGAGUUCAAGAAGUUUUUAAGUAGUGAGUAAGAGUAGAAAGUUAUAUUUAAAUUCAUACUGAAAGACAUACUACAAAAAAACAAAUUAAUACUUACUUGUCCUCAUCCUAAUUGUGACUACAUUUCGUAUAAUACAUCAAAAAAGCACUUCCUUAAUUAGCAAUUGAAUAUAAAAUGUUAGUGUGGAGGAUAUUUCUGCAAUUUAUGUUAUGAAGAUGCCCAUCUACCUUGUACUUGCUAAAUGCUUGGAAAAUGGAUUAAAUUAAUUACUGGAUAGACUGAUUCAGGAAUGGAUUAAAUGUGGCUAUCCUUAAACACAAAAAAAUGCCCAAGAUGCUAAGUAUUAAUUGAGAAAAAUAAAGGUUGUAUGCAUAUGCAUUGCACUAAUUGUAAAUUCCAUUUUUGUUGGCUUUGUCUAGGUGAGUAUGUUAAUCAUAAUGACUUUUACUCCUGCAACAAGUACAAAGAAGAGACAAACUCUAAGCUAACUUAGGAUGAAAAGAAUCUGAAAAGAUAUACUUUUUAUUCUGAUAGAUUCAAAGAUCACAUAGAGGCAGUUAAGUUAACAACAAAAGAAGCUAAAGAAAACAUUACUCAAUUCAAAUUUUAGCUAUUAAAUUCGAUAAUUAUUGAAGAAAAGUUCUUGGAUUUUUAUUAAGCUGCUUACGAAGUCUUAAUUGAGGCCAAGAAAGCUACCGCUUAUACAUAUCCUAUAGGAUAUUAUAUAGAAGAUAAUAAAAUAGAAUUUUUUGAAUUUUAGCAAGGUUAAGUUGAGUCUUAAUUAAAUAUUUUUGAAGACUUAUUAGCUUAUAAAAGUUAUUUGAGUUUUUCCUCAAUUAAAAAGGACAUAAAUUCUCAAUUCACCAAAUAUAAAUAAGAUGUUGAAUAAAAGACUAACUAAGUACUUGAUUAUUUAAAUAAAAUGCUAUUAGACUUUAGAAAUGAAAUGCCUUAAAUUUAAAGAGCAAAGUCAAAUAGACCAAAAGCUCCUUCCUUACAAAAAUAAAUAUCCAAAACAAAGUAGCAAAAAUUCUCUUGUGAAAAAUGCAAAAUAAAACCUGCUGAAAAUGACUUUGGGUUUUGUAAAAAAUGUUAUGAUUCACUACCAUAGUAAAGAUGA